CAAGCAUCAUUUCCUCUUUCACACACUCACACACUGCCCUUCAGGAAACAUAUUCAUAUGACUCGUCAGGCUGUCGAAGUUGAGAUCAAGUUCUACAAACAGUUUUCUAAUUUUCUGGUUGGAAAGCAGAUCUGUCGUGCAGCAGAGCUAACAAGACAGGGACAACAGUACCUUGUCUCGGAGGAGCAUGUUUCUCAUCAACCGGUCCAAAUCCUUAGAUGAGAGUCCCAUCUCCCCUUUGAAGAUCAUCAAAGUGUGUUUCCUUAGCAACAGCACAAACCUGGGCAAGAACUUUAAACUGGUCCGAUGUGAAGAGGACUGGACUGUCAGGGAUAUUAUUAAUGCGGUGCUGUCCAGUGGCUGUGUAGGUCCAGGUAUUAAACACACACUGUGCUACAGCAUCCUGCUCCAACACCUCAAGUCUUCUGAAAAACACUGGCUGCACUCAGAACUAACAGUGCCUGAACUUAGCCAGCACUACGCACAGCCACACCUGGAGGCUGAGUGGAGAUAUGACUUAAGGAUCAGAUUUGUACCGCAGGAUUUCUUGGAGACAUUCAAAGACGACAACACCACGAUACAAUACUUUUACCAACAGGUACGCAAUGACUACAUGCAGCACUACGCUUCCAAAGUCAGUGAUGGAAUGGCAUUGCAGCUGGGUUGUCUGGAAAUUAGGAGGUACUACAAAGACAUGAACCCAAAUGGACUGGAGAAAAAGUCCAACUUUGAGCUGUUGGAGAAUGAAUUGGGACUCCACCUGUUUUUUCCCAAAGAGUUAAUAAACAGCAUGAAGCCUAAGCAGCUGCGGAAGCUGAUCCAACAGACGUUCCAGGGCUACUCCACUCUAAAGCAGGACCAGUGCAUGGAGAGAUUCUUUAGCACUUUAGCUCACUGCUACAGCUUUACACAGGAGAAGUUUGCCUGUCAGUUGAUGCUCAGCUGGAGCAUAAAGAUUGACCUGGUUAUUGGCCCUGAAGGUAUCAGCCAGCAUUCUGAAAACUCAAAUCCUGCCCAUUUGGCUGCAUUUUCUGAGAUCCAAAGCAUGUGCAUAUCAGCAGGGAGUGAAGGUCAGGCCGAGCUCACAAUGCAAAUAAAAGGAAAUGAGCAGCCCCUGUCAGUGACCACAUCCUCUCUGGCUGAGGCAGAGAACAUGGCUUACCUGAUUGACGGCUACUGUCGACUGGAGGGAAGCACCGAAGGCUCACUGAUUAGUAGACCCUGCAAAGGUAGAGACAUCAAAAGGAAACUACCUGACAUCCCAAAAAAAGUUUCAAGGGGCUCAAUCAAAGACUCUGGUAUUUACGCUGAGAUUCCAGAAAGAAAAACGGACUCACCUGAUAAACACAGAUUAUCCAGAGAUGAUGUUGAAGUGGGUCAGAUCUUGGGGGAGGGAUUCUUUGGUGAGGUUCAUGAAGGUGUUUAUAGAAGCCCGGAAGGGGAGAGGACUCGUGUGGCUAUCAAAACAUGUAAGGACUGUUCAGAAGAUGUGAAGGAGAAGUUUUUCAGUGAAGCCAGUUUGAUGAAGGACCUGAAUCACCCUCACAUUGUUCGACUCAUUGGGGUCAUUGAGGUGGACCCCGUUUGGAUUGUCAUGGAGCUCUAUACACACGGAGAGCUCGGCCAGUACCUUGUGGAGCAUCAGUAUGUUGUGACCAGAGUAACACUGACACUUUACUCUCUUCAAAUCUGCAAAGCCUUGGCAUAUCUUGAGGGACUCAACCUGGUGCACAGAGACAUAGCGGUGAGGAAUGUCUUGGUGGCAUCACCGGAUUGUGUAAAACUUGGUGACUUUGGCCUGUCACGCUAUAUUGAUGAACAAGAUUAUUAUAAAGCCUCCGUCAGUCGACUUCCAAUUAAGUGGAUGGCACCUGAAUCUAUCAACUUUAGACGCUUCACAAGAGCCAGUGAUGUUUGGAUGUUUGGUGUGUGUGUGUGGGAGAUUUUCUCCAUGGCCCAGCAGCCAUUUUCCUGGUUGGAAAACUGGGAGGUUAUUAACCAGCUAGAGUCUGGAGUUCGACUCCCUAAACCAAAAAUCUGUCCGACACCUAUGUACUCUCUACUCAGCCGCUGCUGGUCCUAUGAAACACACGCCCGUCCAUGCUUCAGCGAGCUUGUCUGCUCCUUUAGUGAGUUUCACAGGAUAGAGCUGGAGCAGGAGUUGAACCCUGCCAGGUCAAACCAGGUACCGACAUCAUUUUACGACAGCUGCACAGAGCCUCCACCCAAGCCAUCCAGAAUCAAUCAUUUUGGGGCCACGCACCUUCAGGAGCAAGAACAAGUUGAGGAGGUGUUGGACAGACAAAGAAAAGAGAUGCUGUUGGAUAAACAGUGGCUGGAGGAGGAGGAAAGACAACUGGAUCCAGUCGUCACAAGUUCACAAAUCAAGCUUCCUAAAAAAAGAGGGUCAAGUGAGAAGUCGCCAACGCCCCCUACAGCCCCACAGCCUUGUGUGACUGCUCAGAUAAACCGAUCAGGUGAUCAGGUCUACACUGGUGUCAUGAACAUGGUGAAACUGGUGGCCCAGCUGAUGAACAACAUCAGCACGCUGCCUGCCUCAGAGUAUCCAGGUGCUGUCAAGGAAGUGGGUGUCACCCUCCGGAAACUGAUCCUGGAUGUGGAGGACAUUCUGCCAUCUCUACACUCCUCUGUCAAUACAGAGAUCGAGGGAACGAAGAGGCUGCUAAACAAAGAUUUAAGUGAGCUGAUCAACAAGAUGCGACUGGCCCAGCAGAACUCCAUCACGUCUCUAAAGGAAGAGUGUCAACGGCAGAUGCUGAGUGCGGCUCACACUCUUGCUCUCGACUCCAAAAACCUGCUUGAUGCUGUGGAUCAGGCGCGACUUAAGGCUAACCUGGACAAACCUGACUCAAGGAAGGAAAAUGAUUCGGAGCUAUGAAACAGAAACUGAUAUGGACUUGAGUAAAACAUUGAGUUAUUUUUUUGUUGUAUUAUACAUAUUUUCUAAAGAAAAUCAAAAAAUAAAAAUGUAAAGAAACCUA